GCCCCUCCUCCAUGGACCUCACUCAGCUUAUCGUUCAGUUUCAGCGCAUGAAUGCGCCCACUUUCACGGGGACGGAGAACCCCACAGCAGUGCUUGAGUGGAUGAAGGAGCUGGACAAAAUCUUUGUCGUACUCCCCCUCCCCGACCGUCAGCGCGUGUCUCUUGCGGCAUAUCAGAUGAAGGAAGAUGCCUCAGACUGGUGGAUUGAGCUUUGGGCCCGGAAGCCCGAGGCAGAGCUUCAUGCUCUCACUUGGGAGCAAAUGAAGACGAUGGUGCGUAACAAGUUCCUCCCUCAGAGCUUUUGGGACAGAAUGGAGCACGAAUUCUAUAGCUUGCAGCAAGGUAGCUCUUCGGUGGAUGAGUACAUCCGCACUUUCACCCGUAUGUGCCUUUUUGCGGGUGAUGCGGUGAACACCGAUGCUAAGAAGGCCCGGAAAUUUCUCAAGGGUCUCAACCAGAGGAUCCGUGAGUUGGUGGGAAGUCAUGGACCGAUAUCCUAUGCUGAUACCGUGAGCCGAGCUCAGGAGGUGGAGAGCUGUCUCAUUCCGCCUAUCUCGACCGUGCCGCCCGGCUCUAGCUCGGGUAAGAGGAAGUCCAACUUCAAGAACAAGAACAAGGGUAAGAAAGUAAGCUUUGAUAGGCGCGACGACCGACCUUCCCCCGGCCAAGCCUGCCAGAAAUGCGGUAGGUCCCAUAGCGGUGAGUGCCUAGCUAGCCAGCGCACCUGUUUCAACUGCAACCGCCCGGGACAUUAUGCUAAUGUUUGCCGCGAGCCAAAGAGACAGCAGCAGCAGCAGCCGCCCUAUCCUCAGCAGCAGCAGCUUCCCCCACCACCACCACCGCACCAGCAGCAUCAGCAGCAGCAGCAGCCCCCACCGUUCCAGCAGAGGGCUGGAGGCCAGGCCCGUGUCUAUACCCUCACCAAUGAUGAGGCCGCUCGUAAUGCAGGUACCACGUCCGGAAUGCUUUCGAUAUCCCAUGUGCCUGUUUUUGCUUUGUGUGAUACCGGUGCUACCCAUUCGUUUAUCGCAUGUCGUUGUUUGGAGGCCUUAUCUGUUAGCACCGUGCAUGCUUGUGAUCCUCUCGAGGUUAGCUUAGCCUCGGGGAAAGUUAUUAUUUCUGAUUCAGUAGUUCGCAAUCUUCCUAUCUGUAUUGGUGGUCGAGUUCUGGAGGCCGAUGUGUAUGUUAGUGAUAUGCGAGACUUCGACGUGAUCUUGGGCAUGGACUGGCUCACCCGUUACCGAGCCGAUAUCCGGUGCCAGGAGCGCGAAGUCACCCUUUAUCCCGUUUCCGAUCAGCUGGUUGUGUUCUUUGGGGUGAGUUCGAGGACUGUGCCUCGGGUCAUCUCUUCUAUGCAAGCUAUGAAGAGCCUUUCCAAGGGUAGCUGUCAAGGCUACCUUGUUUCUAUGGUAUCCGACGUCAUUGAUGAGCGGGUGCCCGAGCGAGUAUCUAUUGUUUGCGAGUACCUAGACGUCUUUCCUGAUGACUUGCCCGGAGGACCGCCAGACCGCCAGGUGGAGUUCACUAUUGACUUAAUUCCUGGAGCCGGCCCCGUUUCUAAGGCCCCUUAUCGUAUGGCGCCGAAGGAGCUUCAAGAGCUCAAGGCCCAGAUUCAGGAGUUGCUCAAGCUCGGUUUCAUUCGUCCGAGU